AUGCUGCGAGGGCCGCGGGCCCUGGCUCCGGCCGCGGGGCCACCCCCCAAGGGGCUGCACGCGAUGAGCCCCACGGAGCUGUGGCCGCCCGGCCUCAGCAGCCCUCAGCUCUGCCCGGCCACCACCACCUACUACACCCAGCUGUACCCGCAGACUGUGCCUCCUGCUGCGGCGCCGGGCACCUGCCUCGACGCCACCCCCCACGGACCGGAGGGCCAAGCUGUGCGAUGCGUGCCUGCUGGCCGGCUGCCGGCCAAAAGGAAGCUGGACCUGGAGGGGAUCGGGAAGCCUGUGGUCCCUGAAUUCCGGACUCCCAAGCGGAAAUGCAUUAGAGUGGAUGGCCUCCCCAGCCCCAAAACCCCCAAGUCGCCUGGGGAGAAGACUCGCUAUGACACGUCGCUGGGGCUGCUCACCAAGAAAUUCAUUUACCUCCUGAGCGAGUCUGAGGAUGGGGUCCUGGACCUUAACUGGGCUGCUGAGGUGCUGGACGUGCAGAAGCGGCGCAUCUACGACAUAACCAAUGUGCUGGAGGGCAUCCAGCUCAUCCGCAAGAAGGCCAAGAACAACAUCCAGUGGGUAGGCAGAGGACUGUUUGAAGACCCCACCCGGCCUGGGAAGCAGCAGCAGCUGGGGCAGGAGCUGAAGGAGCUAAUGAGCAUGGAGCAGGCCUUGGACCAGCUCAUCCAGAGCUGCUCUCUGCACUUCAAGCACCUGACGGAGGACAAGGCCAACAAGAGACUGGCCUACGUGACUUACCAGGACAUCCGUGCUGUGGGCAGCUUUAAGGAGCAGACGGUGAUCGCUGUCAAGGCCCCUCCGCAGACGAGACUGGAAGUGCCUGACAGGAGCGAGGAGAACCUGCAGAUAUAUCUGAAGAGCACGCAGGGGCCCAUCGAAGUCUACCUUUGCCCAGAAGAGGUGCAGGAGCCCAACAGUCCUGCCAAGGAGCCCCUCCCCUCCACCUCCGCCCUCAGUCCCAGCCCUGGCCCCACCCAGCCCAGCAGCAGCAUCAACCCUGGAAUCACGGAAUUCACGGCAUCCUCAGCACCAGCGCUGACGUCCCAGCAGGUCCUGCCACCACUCCCGCCGUCCCUUGUCCCCCUGGAAGCCACCGACAGCAUGCUGGAGCUGCCACACCCACUCCUGCAGCAGACAGAGGACCAGUUCCUGUCCCCGACACUGCCGUGCAGCUCCCCUCUGAUCAGCUUCUCCCCGCCCUUGGACCAGGACGACUACCUGUGGGGCCUGGAUGGCGGGGAGGGCAUCAGUGACCUCUUCGACACCUAUGACCUUGGGGACCUGCUGAUUAACUGAAUGGCCCCUGCCUGCGCCCCGGCAACCCCUCCAGUCUCUACCUCCUCACAGGCAGACUGACAGGCCCUCUGCCUGCACAGGAUGUGACACGAGGUGCUGCCCUCAGGGUAUGGGGGUCCCCCCUUUUCCUUUCCUACCUACCACCUGCCGGCCAGUGCUGUCGGGGGAAUGUGGAGGAUACGGGGAAGGAGCCUGUCAGGGGUUGGGUCCUGUCCUUCUUCAUGGAAACUGGGCCUGGGAAGACCCAGCCAGUCUUCUGACCUCUGAUCUCUCAUGUGAAGGGCCACAGGGGAGGUGACCAGGUCCAAGGAGAGUUCCCGCAAUUGCCUUUAGAGGGGCAGUUAGGACCCUCAGUUUAUCAAGAAGCACUUAAUGCCUUUGUAUUUAUUUCAGGUUGAGUAUUGUCUGUUUGCCUUCCCUGAGUUUUAGCAGGGAGGUUGUUCUAGUUCCUAGGAAGACGUCUCCUCAGACAGGUCCAAGGGCAGGCCGGGGCUUGCAGGGGCCCAGGCCAACUCCCUGACUCCCCCCAGCAGUGGGGGACCGGGCCUCAGGGGCCGUCCAGUCUGCUGGAAUGCCAGUUGCACUUCAGCCUCCUAAUUCUCUCAAGCGGGGGCUGCGGGAUUCCUGGUCUCCUCUGUCCCAGAGCUGGUGCCAGGGAGUCAGCCCAGAAGAGCUCCCGGGGAAACUGGGGCACGAACAUGGAAGCAGCUGUCCGCUGCUGUGGGCACCUUUCCUCCGUUGUUGCCUCUUGCUGGGACGGGGGCUGUUUUACACUGAGGACCUGGGCGGUAGAGACAGGCCCGCUAAGGACAAGGGUGAGCAGAAAAUAAGAAACUGCCAGGAAGCACCUCUGCUGGGAGCUGCUGGUAUCGUCCUCCCCUGCCCUGGAAGGAUUUUUUUGGCCGCAUCUGUUGAAGGGGGUGAUUCUUUAAGGACCUCCCCUUCCCCCCAGCUCUCACACAGACCCCCAGGGACAGAAGUGACCACGGCUUGGUGGCAUCACAGGAUGCUGAAGGGGUGACAGGGAGCGUCUCCGUGGCAGACCAGACAUUGGCAGCUAAUGGGGAGACGGGCUCAUGUUACCUCUUCCGGCUUAGGGUCCUAAGAAGGUCUUUUGGCCUCACCCCAUCCCCCAGAGACUUGACCAUCCCACAUUGUCCCCGUAGCCCAGCUGGGUAUGGGGCAGUCAGCUCUCCUCCCCCGCCCAGCUUGGGGUGGGUGGGGGGCUCUGGGCUGAACCAAGGCUGUACCUUCCUGAGAGAGGCAGCCAGGGGUGGUGGUCUGAGAGACCCACCACCCACCCUCAGGGAGCUAGGUUUCCUCAGGGGCUCAGCUGGGCAGCACUUUUAUUUUUUUAAGUUUGUAGCAUUAAGUUGGUCUCAAAUAUGAAGUUGGCUCCAUGGGAUUGCUCCUGAGCUGACCUACUGGCUUCUGAAGCUUGGAAGGUGGGCUUCUUUGGGGGUGGGGUCCAAUGUGAGCUAAUGCCCAGCCGGGGACAGUCAGGCCUUGUCAUUGGCUCAACUUCCUGGAUCCCCAAGUUAGUGGCCUCUCAGGAAUGGUCACAGAUACCCUGCUCUAUAAACAGGGCUAGUUUUGUUAUGCUUUACAGAAGUGACUUUGGUCUCUACUCUAUAAACACUCACAGGGGUCUCAGCCGAAGGCAGUUUUGAAGCCCA